GGGAAUACACACAAUAGCUCCUAUCACUGAUGCAACAGAAGCUCAACAAACACUGUGCAUUUCCGGAAAUCAGAAUCUGAAGAUGAAUUACCAACCUGAUGUUAAGUUAGAAUAAAGCUGUGGACACACUCAUUGUUAGGGGCUGGGACGUGUGAAUAUGGACCGAGAGGAAAGAGAUGUGAAGGCCGGUCUGAUUGAAGAGAUGCAGCGUAAAGAUGCCACAAGGGGAAAAGCGAGUCCUCUACGACUCACGCCAGCAAGAAAACAAGUUCAACAGCAAAAAUAUACAGAGGAGUGGUCCAAAGUGCUGGAGGAGCCGGUCUCCAUCUCCCCGGAGCUGAGUUCCUGGAUCAAAGCCAACGCCAAUGAGCUAAAGCUCCCGCAGACAGACCGCCGCUGGGCUGCAGAGGUGGUCAACGAUUUCCGAGACAACCUGGUGAAAUUCCUGCGGAGCAGCAGUGAUCAGCCAUUCUUCCAGUCAGCUGACUUCCUCACCACCGGCAGCUACUUUGAGAAAGUGAAGAUCCACAGCCCGGAUGAGUUCGACAUGAUGCUGAAGCUUCAGGCUCCGUCACGCUUCAACAUGAAGGAGCUCGACGAAGGCCUUUUCUACCAGAUCGAUCUUGUCCGGCCGACUCGGGGCCCCAUACAAGUUUUUCUCCUGGAGAAUGGGCUCACCCUCUCAUCCAGCAAGAUCUUGAAUGAGACGUUUCGCCUGGUCCGCAAGUUCCUCAAGAACUACAAAGUGCCAGAUGAAGGCUGUCGCUGGGAGGUGAACAGGAAGAAACCCGGCUCACCGGCUGUGACCUUGUCUCUGUUCAGGAUUGACAUGUACAGCGACGAGUUGAUCUCUCUGGACCUGGUUCCUGCUCUGGAGGUUCACUCCUCUCAGGGCUGGCCUCUCCCAGUCCGUAACGGACCCGAUGUGGAUAACUGGCUGGGAAAGAAGGUUCGCAAAGAGAUCACCAGUUUACCGUGUUACUUCGUACCAAAGAGGAUGAAGGGAAGAAACCUCAGCGGGGAAGCCAAAGAAAGUUGGAGGAUUUCUUUCUCUCACGUUGAGAAGAAAAUCAUCACGAGCCAUGGCAACAAGAAAACCUGCUGUGAGGGCAAAGCCAACAAAUGCUGCCGUAAAAGGUGCUUGAUGCUGCUCAAGUCUCUGAUUGAAGGUCUGAAACAACGUUUCCCCAAAGAGCUGGAUCCCCUCUGCUCGUACCACGGGAAGACCGCCUUCCUUCACAUGCUGUCCAUCAGGUUUGACGACUCGAUGUGGGCUCUCCAGCAGCUCCCCGCCUGCUUCCUGCUCCUCCUCGGGGCUCUGGAGGCCCACACUCGUGCAGGAGUCCUCCCUCACUUCUUCGCUCCCAACUACAACCUCUUCUCGGGUGCUGUCUUCCCCCGCAAAGCGAUGUCUUUCCUCCUCCAUGCUUUGGAGGAGCAGAGGAGGGAAGGCCUGCCCCUGCUGAAGCCUCCCGCUCCUGUCUCACCGCUCUGCAACUUUGUGAAAGGGAUAUCUGAUGAAAGCUUUUCACUUCCUCCCUCACCUGCUGACUCCCCCUCUUCACUUUCCCCUUCUCUGUCUCCUAUUCUAACAUCCUCUUCACCCCUCUCUGCCAAUAAGUUGGUAAGGAGAGAUUGGAGAGAAUCUGAACCUCGUAGCCUCACUGCUCUGGGUCCUCUCUGCUUCUCUGAUACAUCCACUGAAAAGCCUUCCAUACUGACUGCAGUCUGCUCUCUGGACACUGCAUUGAUGAAACUAGUCCUAGUGCUUGUGGCAGCAUUUGUGUGUGUCCUAUUAUAUACAUUAUAGACAAAAUGGGGAUUCACACUGAAUAUAUAAAGCAUCAAAGACACUCCUCCCUCUUUUAAUGCAAUGUAUACAUUGGAAAACAGAUAACUAAGGGAGUUAUUCCUUAUAGAUUUUAAUUAAAUGAUCAUUAAUUGGAUAAUAUCAUAUUUAUUGAAUCGUAUGAAGUUUCUUGCAAAUAGUCUUGGGUUCUGCUCAAUUUCAGGUUCAUACUUUAUGGGUUUCUUCUAGAAACAUUUCAACAUGCAUACAAAAAAACACAUUAUAAGCACCUAUCUCUUUAAAGCCCCCUUCCAAAAAAAGGCCCAGUCUCAGUUUACAAACGAGAAAAAUAUUGUAAUGGUAGUUUUUAAUCUGUGGGCGGAGACGCACAAACGGGGGCAGUAUAUUCUAACGAGCCUGCUAUGAUUUAGGAAGGGGAGUAAAAUCUGAAUGGCUUUGCAUGUUUUUAGACCAAAACACAUAAAAGCACAUAACAUGUUCCUUUAAAUGAUUGAGCAGCAUACAAUAAAGCUUCAACAAUCAUAAUGUUAUCAUCUUAGAAAUAUCUCAAAUAUAUGAACAGACACAGAGACCAUUUUGCACACCUUAAUUUGUCUCAGGAAAUCAUGUCCGGGGUCACAGUUCUCCUUAAGUGUAUUCUAAAACAUGCUUUUAUCAGAUAGUCUUUCCGGAUCUAACUUUGGUUUUACUUUCCUAAACUGUCUUUUAUUUCUUAUAUUCUAAUCAAUUUAUUAGCUUUUUAUGCUAUAUUGUUUUAAACACACCAAAAGCUUUUUUAUCUGUUUACUUAAACCUCUUGAUUUGUUAUUGGUCUGUUGUUGUGCUGUCUUUGUGAAGCAAUGUUGUAUUUUGGAACAUUGAACAAUGUAAAUCUAUUCCAGGAGACCUCAACAAUGGAAUUAUGAUCAGUAGAAAUGGCCAUGUCAUGGGACCUUUAAGAAAAUAUUCAUUAUGUUUUUCCAGAAACAAAAAACUUUAUAAAAUGUUGUAACAUAAUAGAGUUAUUUUCAGUCCUUGCUUCAGAUCAGAGUGACAUUGUCUCUGUGCAAGGUCUUUUUUACCCAUACCCGUUUUAAUUAAAUUACUUAAUGUUGUGUAUUCUAUACCAUUUUAAUGUUAGGGUAAGUGUUUUUUUUUGUGUUUUCUGUGAUUUCCAGUAAACUGUAC